AUGUUGGAACUCGCUCUUCGCCAUUUCUCAGGCGUUGUCUAUGUCGAUCGCGAUAUCUCCGCCGCCUCCAAGCUUCUUCGAGGUGUCUACGAAGGGCCAUUCCCACAGGACAAAAAAGCCGUCGCUGCCAGUGCGAUCGCCUACCUCUUCCUCGAUUGCAGAGAUCCAGACAGCCCCCACGAGCCUCUUUCCAUUCGCCACCGCCGCGGGGCGAUCCGUUUCGCAGGAGAAAUUUGCCGACUCAACCUAUUCUCUUGCACCUCUGUCCUCGUGGCUGAUGCCGCAUUCGGCCGCUUGGCCGCUCUAGCUGAGAGGAGCGCUGUUGUCGAUCUCAAGGUCGUGCAGGAAAUGUCCCUCGCCUUCAAAGAGGAGACAGGCUACCGUGCAUACAAAUCAAAUAUUUGUUCUAGGUGCAAGAUAGAGCAGCCAAAAGAUGCCCUUCACGAGUGUGCGGUGCCUUGCAGCAAGAUCCACAAGCCUAUUUACUGCGGGAUAGCGUGUCAAAAGGCGGACUGGGCUGACCAUCGCAGAUGGUGCAAGAAUGACAUUGUCAUUAUCAGAAAUCCCAUAGACGACCCGGCCCUAUACAGCGUACAUCUGGCUCAGGACACCCAUACUAGGACCUUCUCAUAA